GGGAGAGGGAGAGAGAGGGGGUGUGUGUGCGUGUGGGUGAGUGUGUGUGUGUGUGUGUGAGAGAUAGAGGGAAAGAGAGAGAAAAAUGGACAGGUGGCUGAAGAAAAGCGGAGAGAAGUAGAUGGAGGAAACGCGAGGAAUAUAGAGAAAGAUAAAGACAGACCGACUGUGAGGGAGGUGUUGCUCAAGUAGUGCUCUGUGUAUGGUGCAGUGCGGUGCUGUGCUCGAGAUAGAGAAUGGCGUGGACGGAUUUCGCGUGUAUCUCGCCGUGACGUAGCAAGUCGGCUCUGAAAACGUGGGGUGCUAAGCUGAGGAAUGGAGGGAACGUGGCAGUGGGAGCAGCGAAAGCACUGCCAUAUCAUUCUGCUCAACUCUUCGUCGUACCUAAAGGAAAACCCGGAACAGACUGCAGUUUCAGAUGAACGGAAACGACUGCACGAAUGCUACUGCAAGGAAGGAGAUAUCCUGAAGAAAAGGAAUCGCGUGCCAGGUCUGUAGCAUAGAGAUAGGGCAUAGAGGGGCCCCCGUCAAGCGUCACCGAGCAGAAGAGAGGGUUCGUCAUGGACCCGAUGAUACAAAUCGUACCUCAUUGAGCGAUGCAAGUAAUUAGGGCCGGGGCCCUGCUAGUGAGCAUGUGGCUCACUAGAGAAUGAAGAAGCAAAACGUCCGGACUUUAUCAUUAAUCGUCUUCACGCUUACCUAUCUCCUCGUCGGUGCUGCAAUCUUCGACGUGCUCGAGUCCGAGACGGAGAAAUUACGCAAGGAAGCAUUAGAUGCCAUUGAAAAGAUGGUCAUACGAAAAUAUAAUAUAAGCGAGGACGACUUCAAGAUCAUGGAAACAGUGGUGCUGAAGACGGAACCUCACAAAGCUGGCCAACAGUGGAAGUUCGCUGGCGCAUUUUAUUACGCUACAACGGUCCUCACCACGAUAGGUUACGGACACUCGACGCCGAAUACUAUAUACGGCAAACUGUUCACAAUGUGCUAUGCAAUUAUUGGUAUCCCAUUAGGACUCGUAAUGUUUCAGAGCAUAGGAGAACGCUUGAAUAAGUUCUCAUCUGUCGUGAUACGGAGUGUAAAGCAGCUUCUAAACUGUAAGGACGUCCAGGCCUCGGAGAUAAAUCUCAUCUGCGUGGUAACGACGUUGUCUUGCUUGACCAUCGCUGGCGGUGCUGCCGCAUUCUCCAGAUACGAAGGAUGGUCCUACUUCGAUUCUAUUUACUAUUGCUUUAUUACUCUGACGACAAUCGGUUUCGGCGAUAUGGUCGCGUUGCAAAAGGACAACGCGCUCAACAAGAAACCCGAAUACGUGAUGUUCGCUCUAAUAUUUAUUCUCUUCGGUUUGGCGAUCGUGGCGGCUUCGCUUAAUUUGCUGGUUUUGAGAUUCGUGACCAUGAAUACGGAAGAUGAAAGACGAGACGAAGCCGAAGCGUUACAGGCGGCCCAGGGCGCAGUACGUCUCGAGGGCGACGUGAUAACGGCGAAUGGCUCGAUAUUAUCCGGCCAGAUCGGCAAUCACGGUAACGUGAUGUCCUUUGACGAUGAGGCGUCGGUGUGCAGCUGCCGCUGCAGCGGCUUCCAGAGAAAGCGACGGAGACCGCGUUUCACGGUUCGUCGCUCGCCCGGCAAGAUCUCGCACUUGCUGCCAAUGCAACAGUUGUCGGCGUUGAACGUGCAAUGCGGCGAGCUGCAUUCGCCGCCGAUCACGCCGCUGGAAUUGCCACCGCUCUAUCAACAUCGCGCCAGCAUCUGACGUUGCUCCGCCGCGAGGAGCGUGGUACUCUUGGAACAAGAGCAUUAUUACCACGAGCAGCCGCGGCGAGUGUCUGUCUGAGGAGAGAGAGUUUCCCGGUAGGGCCGCCGACUUCAACGAAUUUUAAUCGUCGUCGAGACGCUAUCAUCACCGCCACGAAUUCUCUUUCUCUCGCUCUAUCUUUCUCUUUCUACCUUUCUCUCUCUCUCUCUUUCUCUCUCUCUCUCCCUUAAUUUCUUCCUCUCUAUCUCUUUCUCUCUCCUCUGUGUUUCGCUCUCGUCGAACGAGAGUAGAGUCUCGUUUAGGUAAGAGAUUGGAUUAUGAUUAGAAAUUGAAAUCGCCGGGACUACUCAACUCGAGUUGUUCAAUCCGAAUCGAGCUACCGGGUGUAGCAAACGGCGCCGAAUGCUCCUCGAUGGAAACGCCUGUCGUUCCCGAUUCGACAUAUGCGGUGCAUAAUUCUUUCACUCUCGCGAUCUACACCGUUGUCGUUCAAGUUUAUUCACGUUCGCAUAACCGAGGAUAUUAGGAUAAUACUCAAUGAUAAUGAAUUUCUAACAUGUAUGCGCUACCGAGUAAGGAAUGAGAAUCGAUGAGUAAGAAAUGAGAAUUGAUCCUCGAGAGAUUGAGACGAAAUUUUCCGUUUUGAUAUCCGCAAAAAAUGGCUGUGUCGUUCGCUGACAUCAUCAAAUGCGAUGAGAUUCUAUACGUGUGAUAAAUUUAUAGCCAAAUAGAUUAGGUUUAUAAUUAAAUUAUUUUUAUCGAAAUAAUUUUCUUAAGCGAAAGAAUACAUAAGAUAUUUAUUGGAAUAAUGUGUUGUAUUUAUCACAAAAUUUA